AUGGAAGAAGAAUUCUAUUGACUCAAAGAAAUCGAAUUUUUAGGAAAACACUUACAAAUCCUCAUGCAAAGCAAUAACGGGCCUUGCCCUCUCCUCGCAAUCGCAAAUGUCUUGAUCUUGCGCGGCCAAUUAAAAAUUCAUCAGGAUUUUUCAAAUUUAUCCCAUGAGCACCUCGUUACAUUGGUAGCCGACAAAUUGCUGGAGUUAAACAGAAUUGUAAAAAUUAUGACAGGACGAAAACGACCCCAACUAUUCGAAUUUGCAAGCGAAUCUGUCUGAUGCGAUUGCAAUUAUUCCGAAGCUUCAAGAGGGGAUCGAUGUCAAUGUAAAGUUUGACGAGUAAGAAAUAUUUAGCAUAAAUAGCUUUGAGUUUACGACAGAAAUCGAGGUGUUUGAUUUAAUGAAAAUCCAACUUGUGCAUGCCUGGGUUGUUGAAAAGGAUAGCGAAAUUGAGAAAGCAAUUGGGAAAAUGUCGUAUAAUCAAAUACAAGAGGUUCUGGUAAGAUGUGAAGAGCUGAAAAAUAAGGAAAAUCUGGAUGCUGAAGAAACGGAGUUUGUCAGGAAAGGAAGAGUUAUAGCGGAAUUUUUAGAAAAUUCUGCAAGCCAGAUGACAGAAGAAGGGCUAAGGAGGCUAAACACUGAGAUUCCUGAUGGCAGAAUCUGCGUUUUGUUUAGAAACAACCAUUUUUCGACUCUAGUCAAGCAUAACAAAAAAGUGUAUAUACUUGCUACUGAUUUAGGGUUUAGAGAUGCUGAUCAGAUCACUUGGGAAAGAUUAAAUCCCCCCAUUAAUGAGGAGCAAAACUACUGGAAAUAUGAAAUGAGCAAAAAUAUUUUCCAAUAUAAUAUUUUUUUUUUAUAAAAUAUUUAUGAGAUCUCCAGCUAAUUUAUUAAAUUUAACACAGCUUGACUUAUUUAUACACAAAUGCUAUAAAUUUCUUCAAAUAUUUGUAAAUUAGGACAGAAAACAUUGUGUAUAAUUAAAAUAUAAAAAUAUAUUUUUUAAAAAAAAAUUAACAUCUUUAAAGGAUUAAGCAAAAUCGCAGGAGACAACAAAUACUGCAAUUCCUAUUUCCAAAAAAUCAUAAACUCGGCCUCAAAUUCUCCUGAUAAGGUUAUCAAUGUCGAUGAAAAACAAGCAAUCACAGAUUUCAUCGAUCAUCAAAAUAAAAUUGAUGAAGAUGAAGAAAGCAAAAAGAAAGCAAAAAUUGAAGAGGAGGAUGCAAGCUUAGCUCUUGCCCUGUCUUUACAAGAAAAAGAACUUUAUAUGAAGGAAAAAGAAGAAAGGAAGCACAAAGCAAAUGAGCGAUCAAAUAGAAGAGAAGGACUGCAGAGCAAGAAUAGGGUAGGACUUCAACAAAAGAAAGAGAAAAAAGAGAAAAAGGAGAAAAAGAAGUGUGUAAUAUGGUAA